UCAAAAACACAAAAACACCUGACAUAAAGCAUCAUAAUUCAUGCAUGAAAGGGAUAAAUACGGCAUCCACACAGUAACACACCGUGGUGUCAGCAUCAUGCUGUGGGGAUCCUGUUGCCCAGCAGAGACUUGGAAGUGUGAAAAAAAGCAGAGGUGUUAAAAACUCAGUGAUACACUGCAAACGCUUUGCGACUUUAAUUGCGAUUUCCCUACAAAGUAUUGACUCGCGGAGGUUCAAUCCAAAUGCACUCCACACUUUUCAGAUGAGAGAUGAAGUUGCAAUUUAAAGUAGUUCCAGUUUAUAAAACUUGAGUUCAGUCUGCUUGACGUUUAUUCUCCGCUAACAUGCACCCUCUUCGCCCACCCCCCUCCCCAUCCCCACCCAUCCAUCCUUAAGAAUGACGUCACGUUAUCUCCACCAAUCACCUGCAGGUUUUAUCCCGCAGCUUGUAUAAACCGGAGCAGCCGGUGAAAGUUUCCCACUGCGUCUCACUUAUUAGGCACUGUCUGUAUCUUUCUUCUCCAAGUCUCUGGGUUCCAGUUCGGACAGUCCCAUCAUGCAGCUUCUCUUUCUUUCGUGCGUAACGGCGCUGCUCGCCUCCUCCUGCCUGCUGUCCGAGGCGCGCGUCGCCAAGCGCUUCGCCAUCGACUGUCCGGAGAGAUGCGACAAGUCCCAGUGCCCGCAGAUCCCCGCGGACUGCCUGGCCGGAGACGUGCUGGACAGCUGCAACUGCUGCCCAGUGUGCGCGUCCGGCGAGGGCGAGCAGUGCGGCGGCCCCGGCGACCAGGACUGCGCAGAGGGCAUGGAGUGCAGGGUGACCGACGGCGUGGAGGUGUCCGCCACCGUGAGGCGGAGGGGCAGGUCCGGCGUGUGCGUGUGCAGCAGCGCCGAGCCGGUGUGCGGCAGCGACGGCGUGUCCUACCGGAACAUCUGCGAGCUGAAGCGCGUCAGCAACCGGGCCAUGAAGCUGCAGCAGCCGCCGGUCAUCUUCAUCCAGAGAGGAGCCUGCGGGAAGGCCCAGCUGAACCUCGACAGUCUGCGGCACAAAUACAACUUCAUCGCCGACGUGGUGGAGAAAAUCGCUCCCGCUGUCGUUCAUAUUGAACUCUUCCGCAAGAUGAUAUUUUCUAAGAGGGAGGUCGCCGUCGCCAGCGGCUCUGGUUUCGUCGUUUCUGAAGACGGGCUGAUCGUCACCAACGCCCACGUGGUUGCCAAUAAGCACAGAGUAAAGGUGGAGCUGAAGAGCGGCGCCACCUACGACGCCAAGAUCAAAGAUAUCGACGAGAAGGCCGACAUCGCCCUCAUCAAGAUCGACGUACCGACGAAGCAACCAGCGACUUCUCUCUACUCGUGCUUUGCAGUAGAAGUACACAUUGUUAUUUAACUUUAAACACUAUAUAUUCUUCAAUUAACACAUAUGUUGCUGUGGUCGCUAUGAAGGGAGCGUGCUUCUGGGUUAGAGUCGCACCACUUCUCUCUAACUGGGGAGCCGAUUUUAAAUGCUGCAGAGCUUUAAACUAUAACUAUUCGUGUACUUUAUAUAUACAUCAUAUACAUCAGCAUUUUAUCUGUCAUUGCAACAUGAUAUAUGGUUGCCUGGAACACAAAGAAUACACACAAUUAUUCCUGUCCCGUUCUUUACUUCAAAACUCCAACUGCAUAAUGUUUUUUUUCCAACUUGUGAUAUCUCUUCCAAAAACCACCGGAGAGAUUUGAAAAUUGACAUAAGCAGCCAAAAAGACCUUCACGUCGCUGAAACCUUGAAUUAUUUUUCGUCUCAU